CCGCACACCGACCCACCGUAGCUAAAGCAGCCGUUCGAUAUAUGAUCUCCUUUGCUUUCCCAUUGGCAAACACGGUCAUCGUCUCCUCGAGGGACUCGACGUUGCUUCGUGCCCCCUCUCUCUUUCUUCGCCUCGGAAGCUCUCCUUCGAAUGGAACCUUCUCCUCUGCUGGCUGAGGAUGCAGUCGUCGGUCGCCCUCCACCGCCAUCCCACGACGGCUGUCGGAACCCUGACGCCGGCUCCUCCGACGGGACCGGCGCCCUGCUUCUGGUCUUGGGAUACCUCCGGCUGCCGGAGCUGCUGGCCUUCCAGAGGGUCUCGCGAUUUUUCAGGGACGCAGUUGCCGGAGACGGCCUGCUGUGGCGGCGCGUCGCCGUUCAGAGUCCGUUGAGCGGGCGGCUCACCGAUGACGCCCUCCUGCGCAUAACGUCGAGGGCUGAAGGAAAGUUGGAAUCUUUGGCUCUGAUGGACUGCUGGAAGAUCACGGACGAUGGGCUCAUGCAGGUUGUGGAUCGAAAUCCUGGCAUCGCCAAGCUUCAUGUACCAGGAUGCACAUACUUGACUGCAAAUGGUAUAGUAAGAAUUGUUCAGCGGCUCUAUGAGCGCAAGGGCAAUCUGAAAUCUCUCCAGAUUCAUGGUAUCUGCAACAUAACCAAAGACCAUCUUGACAUCCUCAAGUUGUUGUUGUUAGGAAGUAAUCACCAACAGGUUCUACCACCAACUAACGACCGCUACUGGCACUCCUUUACAUUCAUCAAUCAUGAUGACCGCCCAAUAGAUGUUGAUAUUUGCCCCAAGUGCAAGCAUGUAAGGAUGGUGUUUGAUUGUACAAGGGAGAAUUGCAGGUCAAUGAAGUCCCAAUGGACAGAAUGCAGAGGGUGCUUCUUCUGCAUUGCAAGGUGUGAGGACUGUGGAGGUUGUCUCGAUUUUGAUGAACUUGGGGAAGAAACUGUGUGCUCCCAUCUACUGUGUGUGAAGUGUUGGCUUGAUCUUCCAAAGUGCAAUAUCUGCAACCGACCAUAUUGCAAAGGACAUUCGAAUUUCCUAGAGGGAUCUUCCAAGUUUCUCGGUUUUGUAUGUGAGCAGUGUAUGGAAUCCACGAGCUCAUCAUAUCAUUCUACUUGUGGUUUGACAUUAUAUGAAGCUGGCUUAAGAGACUUCCACCACCAAACAAGCUCUUUAGAGGUUUUCCGCAUAGUGAAGCAAGCUCCCCACCCAUUUCUUGUUUGAAGCCCAAUUCUCUCAGUGAAUGAUCAGAAGCUCAUGCAGGCUCAGAUGACCUGAUUUGCACUAUUGAAGGCAGACUUGUACUGCAAGCUGAGCAAAAGUAUUACUCUUUCAUACUUUUCUAAAUAUAUUGAAUGAUAUAUUUAGCUUUGCAGUUUGAAUUGUGAAUAUCCAACAAAGGGUUAGGAUCCUCUCUGGUUGUUGUUCAUAUUGAAUCCUCAUCAUGUUGUUCAUGUGAUAGCAGGUUGGGCUUUAUGCUUCUGUUUCAGAUGGCAAUCUUUUCUUAGCCUCACUUCAGCUUUUGUAAUCCAUCUAAAGCUUCUGAACCUCCUUUUCUAAGACACUACAGAUCUUUUUACUACUGGAACCGUUUUGUCGAUGUAUGUUAAUUCGACGAUCCAGAAUUAUAAUUGUUAAUGUUUCAUUGGUUCCUUCUGUGGAUA